GAAUCGCAGAGAGACCGCUGUGUCCCGCGGCCCUUAACACACACACACAGGAACUCACAUAAGCACAAAACACAGAAUGCAUCGGCCACGGAGCCGUCGUACCUCGCAUCACAGAAAGCGCCUUGGCUUCUGAAAAUUUUUUCCGCUUUUUUUGUUGCUUUUUUAAAAAGAAACUGUGAAUGCGAGAAUAAUCGUAAACCUCUGGAUCCGCGAAAUGUUGCAAUGGAAGGCGCUGACUCUGACUCGCCGUGCCAAACAGGAGUAUGAAGCGCUUUGUGGCUCUGCGAGCACCGACAGAGAAACGCCGUUUGCUUCGGAUAUUCAGCGACGCUUGCGGGCCGAUCGACUAGUGCCGAGAGCGAGGACUGGACAACAUGGCCUCGGCUGGUAACGUCUCCUUCGAUCAGGAAAACGGGGAGCCCGAUCGGCCGAGGGUAACGCGGAGGACUAGACGGAACGGUCGCGCAGCCCCGCCGGACUUGGAGUACUUACAGCGGCCGAGCUACUGCGAUGCAGCGUUCGCGCUUGACCAGAUUUCGGAGGGUAAGGCGACUGGAAGAAAAGCACCGCUGUGGCUGAGAGCAAAGUUUCAAAAACUUUUGUUCAAACUUGGCUGUUAUAUUCAAAAGAACUGUGGAAAGUUUUUAGUCGUGGGCCUUUUAAUAUUUGGAGCUUUCGCUGUUGGUUUGAGGGCAGCUAAUCUGGAGACCGACGUGGAGAACCUCUGGGUGGAAGUGGGUGGCAGGGUAAAUCAAGAGCUUAAAUACACGCGGCAGAAGAUCGGUGAGGAGGCCAUGUUUAACCCUCAGCUAAUGAUCCAGACUCCACGGCAGCAUGGUGCUAACAUCCUGACAGUGGAGGCGCUCAAGCAGCACCUGGACUCUGCCAUUAAAGCAAGCAGAGUGCAUGUUUACAUGUACAACAGGAAAUGGAAAUUAGAACAUUUAUGCUACAAAUCAGGAGAAGUCCUCACAGAAAAUAAUUUUGUCUACCAGAUAAUUGAGAAUCUGCAUCCUUGUCUGAUCAUCACUCCUCUCGACUGCUUCUGGGAAGGUGCUAAACUACACUCAGGCAUUGCCUAUCUUCCUGGUAGACCCCCUCUGCAGUGGAUGAACUUUGACCCAAUGGCGCUGAUUGCUGAUAUGCAGACUGUGACCAAACUUGUAGGCAGUUGGGAAGAAAUACUGGCCAAGGCUGAGGUGGGUCGUGGCUACAUGGACCGUCCCUGCAUCAACCCUGCUGACCCAGAUUGCCCAUUAUCAGCUCCUAAUAAGAACUCUACACGGCCAUUGGAUAUUGCUCAAGUGUUGACCGGUGGCUGUCAUGGAGUCUCUAAAAAGUACAUGCACUGGCAGGAGGAGCUCAUCAUCGGAGGGACCACAAAAAACGAUAGUGGCAGGCUUCUCAGUGCCCAGGCUCUGCAGACCAUGUUCCAGCUUAUGACCCCUAAACAGAUGUAUGAGCACUUUAAGGGAUACGAUGAGGUCUCGCACCUGAACUGGAAUGAGGAGAAAGCGGCUGCCAUCCUGGAAGCUUGGCAAAGGAGGUACUCUGAGGUGGUCCAGCAGAGUGUGUCCAUCAACUCCUCUCAGAAAGUACUGACAUUUACCACCACUACUCUAGAGGACAUCCUUAAAUCCUUCUCUAGUGUCAGCGGAAUCCGAAUCGCCAGUGGUUACUUGCUCAUGCUUGCCUAUGCAUGUCUGACCAUGUUGCGCUGGGACUGUGCCAAAUCCCAGGGAGCGGUGGGGCUGGCUGGAGUGCUGCUGGUCACUCUGUCUGUCGCUGCUGGACUUGGCCUCUGCUCUCUCAUUGGCAUUUCCUUCAAUGCUGCUACCACUCAGGUGCUGCCAUUCCUUGCUCUUGGCGUAGGAGUGGAUGAUGUCUUUCUUCUUGCUCAUGCUUUCAGUGAAACUGGCCAGAACAGGAGAAUCCCGUUUGAGGACCGUACAGGCGAGUGUUUGAAGAGAACAGGGGCCAGCGUGGCUUUGACCUCCAUCAGUAACAUCACUGCUUUCUUCAUGGCUGCCCUCAUCCCUAUCCCAGCAUUACGGGCAUUCUCUCUACAGGCUGCUGUCGUGGUGGUGUUUAACUUUGCCAUGGUGCUGCUCAUCUUUCCUGCUAUACUCAGCAUGGAUCUCUAUCGUAGAGAAGAUCGCCGCUUUGACAUCUUCUGCUGCUUCAUCAGUCCGUGCUCUAACCGUGUAAUCCAGCUGGAGCCUCAGGCACUGGGUGAUGUAGGCCACUGCACGCCUCCUCCCUCCUACAGCAGCCACGGCUUCUCUCAGCACACACACAUCACCAUGCAGUCAACGGUGCAGCUGCGCACUGAGUAUGACCCACGCACCCAAGCCUACUACACCACAGCUGAACCACAUUCCCGCAUCUCUGUGCAGCCCCUCCACCACAACAACAACAACAACAGCAAUAAUACCAGCUCCACACGAGAUCUCCUGAAUCAGUCCAGUGAGGUGGCAUCAGGAAGCACAGAGCCAUCCUGUUCACGGUGGACAUUUGCGUCAUUCGCAGAGAAGCACUACGCACCCUUCCUUCUGCAGCCCACCACGAAGGUGGUGGUGAUUGUGCUCUUCCUGGCGCUGCUGGGUAUCAGUCUGUAUGGCACCACACGAGUGCGGGAUGGCCUGGAGUUGACAGACAUUGUGCCACGUGAGACGGCUGAGUACGACUUCCUGGGUGCACAGUUCCACUACUUCUCCUUCUACAGCAUGUAUGUGGUGACACAGUGUGCAGACUAUGCCCACGCCCAACCUCUGCUCUAUGAGCUUCAUCAACGCUUUGGCAUGGUCGAAUAUGUGCUCCGUGACGAACAAGACAACCUGCCACUUAUGUGGCUCCACUACUUCCGUGACUGGUUGCAAGGUCUGCAGGAUGCCUUUGAUAAGGACUACGAGGCAGGCAAGAUUACUCAGAAGGACUACGAGAACGGCUCAGAUGACAGUAUACUGGCUUACAAGCUCCUGGUGCAGACAGGAGGCAGAGAAAAGCCAAUCAACCUCAACCUGCUGACCAGUCACCGGCUGGUGGAUGCAGAUGGGAUCAUCAACCCAGAAGCUUUCUACAUCUACCUGACUGCCUGGGUCAGCAAUGACCCAGUGGCCUAUGCAGCGUCUCAGGCUAACAUCCGCCCUCAUCCUCCAGAGUGGAUCUAUGACCGCACUGACUCAGUCUCCAUCAGUAAACUCACCAUUCCUGCCGCAGAGCCCAUUGAAUACGCACAGUUUCCCUUCUACCUCAACGGGCUGCGUGAAACACCCCAGUUUGUGGAGGCCAUUGAGAGUGUGCGCACCAUCUGCAACAACUACAGUCGCCUGGGUGUGCCUAGCUACCCAAACGGCUACCCAUUCCUUUUCUGGGAGCAGUAUGUCGGCCUGCGUCAUUGGCUGCUGCUCUUCAUUAGUGUGGUGCUUGCUUGCACCUUUCUUGUGUGUGCUGUCUUCUUGCUUAAUCCAUGGACUGCUGGCAUUAUUGUGCUUGUGUUGUCGCUGAUGACUGUGGAGCUAUUCGGCAUGAUGGGGCUGAUUGGCAUCAAGCUUAGCGCCGUACCCGUGGUCAUCCUCAUUGCUUCAGUGGGCAUUGGUGUGGAAUUUACAGUCCAUGUAGCCCUGGCCUUCCUAACUGCAAUAGGGGACAGAAAUAAGCGGGCGGUGCUGGCCCUGGAGCACAUGUUUGCCCCUGUUCUGGACGGAGCCUUCUCUACUCUGCUUGGAGUACUCAUGCUGGCAGGAUCCGAGUUUGACUUCAUAGUCAAAUAUUUCUUUGCUGUAUUAGCCAUUCUAACUGUGUUGGGGGUCCUGAAUGGCCUGGUGCUGCUCCCAGUCUUAUUGUCCUACUUUGGCCCUUAUCCUGAGGUGUCUCCGGUGGAUGGACGUAGUCGAUUACCCACUCCAACUCCAGAGCGUUUUCCUCCAGUGGUGCACUUCACCAUGCAGCCCAAUCACACUACCACCUCAACCACUGGAACUGGCUCAGACUCGUCCGAUUCGGAGUACAGCUCCAACUCCACAGCCUCAGGCAUCAGCCACGAGCUCAAGCACUACGACCUCCAGGCCAGCAGGGGGCGAGCUGCUCGAUCUGAAUUUGAUGAUGUGCGAAUUAACACUGGGCCAAAACCAAGCGUUUAUCAUACAGAGCCACACAUUUUGCCUUCUUACUCAGCUGGGAGGACUAACUCCAAGCAUCAGCCACGUAACCACUCCACUCACUCUCCUUACACUCAGGAUGCAGGACCUUCACUUAUUCGUCGACACAUUGGUCGGGAGCCCAAGCGGGACGCAGGGCUCAGACAGGCUCCACCCCCUCAGAGGCGGCGCACGGAUGCAUUUGAAAGUGCGGGCCCCUAUGGGACCAGAGAACAUGCCCGCCAGCCUCAUUCCCAUAACACUUACUCUCACUCAAUGCACCCUGGCUCAGGCCCCACCUUCUGCCAGCCCAUCACUACUGUGACUGCAUCAGCCUCAGUUACAGUGGCUGUGCAUCCAGGCGUGCCUGGCCAGAGUGCCCCCUACCCCUGUUACCCUUCCAGUGACAGCUACCACACUUCAGAGGGAGAGUAUGCUCAUGAUGCGCACUUCCCUGACCCACACGUACCCUUCACAGAGCAGCGCUGUAGUGCAGACUCCACAAUGGAGGGCCUGGAGCUGCAGGAUUUAGAGUUCACUUCUCACACUGAGCGCCACACGAGUGCCUCCAGCUGAGUGCCUGAAUGUUGAAGCACAAAUGGCCAAAGAUGCGACGUCUGCUUCCUGAAGUGGAGGAGACAUGGUGCUGCAGAGCGAGGGCACUUGGUGGUGCUUCACUCUGUUACUGUAUAGCUCUAAUGUAUGUCUACCUUAGAUAUAAAUAUUAAAAAAACGUGUACACAAGUGUAAAUACAUGCGAGAGUAGCUAUAAUUGGACCUGGCUCAGUGUUGUCAGACUGGGCGGUGAGUGUGCGUGUGUGUGUGCACGCAAGUUGUGAUUAUUGUCACUCCCUUCAUGUGUGUAUUUGUGCCAUGAGGAAACUUCAUCUUAGACACACUUUUCAGCAUCCAGAUGUUGCUGCUUGAGAUACUAGAUGUUGUAAUGUACCUGUAUAAGUCUAUGCAAUGAUUUUCUUUGAUGUAAUGGUGUGUAAGAGUAACAGUGAGCCUGUAUGUGUGAGUGUGACUAUAUAUGGGUGUGUGUGCAGUGCCAGUUAAAGUUUGUACACCCCUACUCAUUCACAAGUUUUUCUGUAUUUUGACUAUUUUCUACAUUAUAGAACAAUACUGAAGACAUCAAAACUAUGGAACACAUAUGGAAUUAUGUGGUAAACAAAAAAAAGUGUUAAAAAACAAAAUGUUUCAUAUUAUACAGUGGUGCUUGAAAGUUUGUG